GAACAUCCCUACUUUAAAACGGCACUUAACCUCUAAUCAAUUACGGACGCAAAUUAAGAAGUAAUUGUUUAUUUAUUACAUCUCAAUGGCUCUUAGAAAUAAUAUACGAAUUAUGAUUUACAAAUUAACUUCAAAAGAUUCUAGGCCCUUAAUGCGAUUUUAUACAGAAAAAGUUGAAAAUCCAGAAGAGGAUCAAAAGACUGACCCCUCGAAAGAUAGAACGAAAAUUAUACCAGUUGAAACGAGCAUGAAAUAUAUACAGAGUGCUGCAUACAAACAAACUUAUGGAGACAAUCCUGUUUGGGUUUUGUACCGUCGAAACCACAAAGGUGGUUUGGCACCAAAAAAAACUAGAAAAUCCUGUGUCAGAAAUGGAGUUAUAUCAACAGGCAAUCCUUGCCCAAUAUGUCGAGAUGAGUAUUUGAUUUUGGAUCACAGAAACACUGGACUUUUGAAGCAGUUUAUUUCGGAAUACACAGGACAGAUACUAGAUCCCUACAAGACUGGAUUAUGUCAAAAGAAACACAAAGAACUGCUAGUGGCUAUUGAACGAGCAUGGGAUCAAGGCUAUUUGACAUAUGAUGUACCUUUCAGGGAAUAUGAUUAUUCUUUGUAUGUUAAAAAUAACAUACCACAAUAGUUUUAUUACAUUUUAUUAAAAC